GGGGAGUAUUCAGUCCCCGCCCAGCAUCGUUGGUUCAGGACUAUAGUCGACUCCCCACACACGAGGUGCAGAUUCAGUUGAUCACGACAUCACCUGCAGAAAAUGAAGUGCUUUUCUGUGGCUGUCAUAUGCGCCCUUGUGGCCUGCAGCGUCAUCGCUGAGGACGCCGCCAAGAAAGACAAGGACAUUGAAGGUCGCGGAGGCAUUCUAGGCGGUGGUCUAGGUGGUGGUCUAGGCGGUGGUCUAGGCGGUGGUCUAGGCGGUGGUCUAGGUAGUGGUCUUGGAGCCGGUGGUUACGGCGCUGGUGUGGGACCCGGCCUAGUCGGCGCGGGUCUCGGAGGCGCUGGACUUGGCGGGCUUGGUGUAGCUGGCGGCGCUGGCUAUGGCGGAGUUGGUCUUGCUGGCCCUGCAGUUGCUAAUACUGGACUCGUCGGAACCGGUGGCCUCGGAUACGGAGCUGGUCUCGGAUCUGGUGGUCUCGGAUACGGUGGUCUCGGAUACGGUGGUCAUAGAUACGGUCGUCUCGGCUACGGCGGUGUGGGAUACGGAAGCGGUCUCGGAAUCGGCCGUCUCGGGUACGGCGGUCUUGGCUACGGAAGCGGCCUCGGCUACGGUGGUGGCUACCAGUCUGGCUACGGCUCUUCUGCUGGGGGUCAGCAGGGAGGAUACCAGGGUGGAGCUAGUGGAUUGAACCAGGGUUCCGCCGGCUUCGCUGGUGGUGCUUCUACCAGCAACGUGAAUGCCUACAACAACAAGCAGGGUUACAAUCACGCUUCAGGCUAUUCAGCGAGUGACAGCAAGAGGUUCGGCUCCGGACAGAAGCAGGGCUCUGCUGGAUUCGGAAGCAACGCUGGCGGGCUCCAGGGAGGAUACGGACAGCAGUCGUUCGGGCACAAUGCCGGCUCUGGCUUCGGCGGAGGAUACCUCGGAUAGAGAUGGACUGAAUCUGCGCCCUUUUCCCCAGCCCGGCUUCGGAGAUUUUGUGGUCACAAAUGGUCUCUGGCAGCUUUGAAGAAAUCAAUAAAGUUUGCUCCUGCACAACA